UGUGCGCAUGCGUGGUUUGGUCCUGCCUGGGCCCGGACAACAGAAUUGGACGGUGAGAAGGGGCAGUGGUCCUCCCCGGCAUCCAACUCUACAGUGGAGGCGGAAUGCGGUGCCCGGUUGUAAGGAGCUCCCGGUAACGGCACGGGGGCUGCGGCAGGACCACACCAGAACUGAAUAUGGGCGAGAAAAAACCGGAGGCGCUGGACUUUGUCAAGGAUUUCCAGGAAUACCUCACUCAGCAAACGCACCACGUCAAUAUGAUUUCUGGCUCUGUGAGCGGAGACAAAGAGGCCGACACUUUACAAGGAGGUAGGUGCCACUGGUCACAAAACCACGAUGUGUACACCGCUAACUCUCCGUGCCUUGCUCUACCGGCAGCUGGGACAGACAGCGAUCAGAAUGGGCUGGACCACCCGUCUGUGGAGGUCUCUCUGGAUGACGGCGCGGGGAUGCUGGUGGAUGGCUUUGAGCGGACAUACGACGGGAAACUAAAAUGCCGCUACUGUAACUAUGCCAGCAAGGGCACCGCUCGUCUGAUAGAACACAUACGCAUACACACAGGUGAGAAACCGCACCGCUGUCACCUAUGUCCUUUUGCAUCAGCCUAUGAGCGCCACCUGGAGGCUCACAUGCGCUCUCACACAGGAGAGAAGCCUUACAAGUGUGAGCUAUGUUCCUUCCGCUGCAGUGACCGUAGUAACCUGUCCCAUCACCGCCGCCGUAAGCACAAGAUGCUGCCCAUUAAGGGCACACGUCCCACACUCGGCAACAAGAAAAUGUGGGGUGUGCUUCAGAAAAAAGUCAGCAGCUUGGGCUACAGUCGUCGAACUCUUAUUAACCUCUGCCCACCAUCCAUGGUGGUGCACAAGCCAGACUACCUGACUGACUUCUCUCAUGAGAUCCCCAGUAUCCAGAGCGAGGCCUAUGAGAAUCUUGCCAAGGUUACACAUGGAUCCGGAGGACUGUCUAGAGAUCCACAAGAGCUCAUGGUGGACAACCCCCUAAACCAGCUAUCUACCUUGGCAGGACAGCUUUCCAGCCUUCCACCAGAUACUCAGAACCCUGCUUCACCAGACACAGGACCUUGUCCUGACGAGAAACCGUUCAUGAUCCAGCAGCCUCCAGCGCCACCCUGCGUCUCGGCUGUCUCCACCAGCGUUCCUCAGAGCUCCUCCCCGGCCAGCCCCGAUGUACGUCCGACACACAAUCAUCGGAACUGUAGCCCCAUGGCCGGCCCCAGCAGCGAGCGUAGUGGCCGGACCAGCACCCCCAGCAUUAGCAACAGCCAACCUAGCACACCAGCCCCUGCUCUGCCAGUCCAGGACCCUCAGCUUCUGCACCACUGCCAACACUGUGACAUGUACUUUGCAGACAACAUACUCUACACAAUCCACAUGGGAUGCCACGGAUUCGAAAACCCUUUCCAAUGCAACAUCUGUGGUUGCAAAUGCAAAAACAAGUACGACUUUGCUUGCCACUUUGCUCGAGGUCAACAUAGCCAACACUGACUUCUAGUAGCCUUUAUCUUUGUAUGUCACUCUGCUCCUCAGGAGACAGUCUGUCUUAUAGAGUGCCUGUCAUUUGAGGAAUGGGUAUAGGAUGCAAGUAUAAAAUAUAUAUGUCUCAUUUGGUCCCAUGGUCUGACUCGGAAUGAAAAAAAUAUAUAUAUAUCGCAAGAUGGCCGUCUUGACGGCAUUGAGGGAACCAAACCAGGUAGAGCGGACAGGAAGUUUUGGGCAUCACUUCAAGGACAGAUGCCUAUAGAUAUGUGAUGUUUAUGAUACUGGAUUAGGCACCUAACGUUUAGUUGUCUGCCCAGUAGUCUGUUGUUCUCAUCUUGCCCCCUCCCCCAUGGACAGUACGAGAGGGGGGGGGGGGGGGGUCAUCAGAAUAUAACCAGUUUUCGUUGGGAGAACCUCACAGUGAUCAUACUUCUACAAGGUGAAGACUGUUGGCAUCUCUGUAAGUGUUGUAAACCCAGUCAGUACUUUUAUUGUCCAUCGUCGGGAUUUUACUUUCUUGCGGCCUUUCGCCCUGCGUGUGAUGGGCUUGAAUGAAGUCAUUUUAAGAGUAAUUAGAAUGGUUUCCAAUUGGAAAACAUUUUUUUUUUAUAUAUUUUUUUUAAAUGAAAUAACUUAUCACUGGUCGUUAAAUAUGUUUGUACAGAUCUAUUCACCGUGUGUUCAGUGUUGCUCCAAAGAGUCAAACUUCUUUGUAAACCACGCUGUAUAAUAAAUGUGUGUUGUCU